UUAGAGGACUAUUAUUCUGAAAAACACAAACCGGAUGUUGUUAUCAGCUGACCACGCUUCCGCCUUCCCCUUUCCUGUCUGCAAACGCUUUUGAUGACUUCAAAUUUGUCCAAAAUAUUGUCGUAGGUUCUUUACAAACUCAUUAAAAUGUGCGCAAAACCAACUUGUUUGGUCGUGACGAGUGCGGCUCCCCAGGGAGUCUCGGCUAAAUCUCUUCAGCAGUGCUUCAGUCUCUGCUCUUCAGUAUUCAACAUCCAGACAGCCACACCAGGGGGGAAACCGGUCGACUUUGCUGAAGUGGACGAGAGCACAGCCAGAUGGGCGCAGGACUUCAACGUAAAACCGUACACAACUCCAGCCAAACUCGAGUCAAUAGACGGUGCUCGAUAUCAAGCUCUGCUCAUCCCAGACUGCCCUGGAGCACCGAACGACCUGGCGCACAGCGGCUCGCUGCAUCGCAUCCUCACUCAUUUCAUCACUCAGCAAAAGCCAGUUUGCGCAGUUGGACAAGGUGUGUCUGCGUUGUGUUGCACGACUGAUGGACAGCAGUGGAUCUUCAGAGGCUACAGUUUAACUGGGCCUUCGGUGUUCGAGCUUGUGCGACGACCAGACUUUGCAAAUCUGCCACUCAUCGUAGAAGACUUUGUCAAGGACAGCGGCGGCUCUUAUUCUGCGAGUCAGGAGGACGCGGUCCACGUGGUGAUCGACAGGCAUCUGGUGACGGCCCAGAAUGAGCAGUCGACCUCCUUGGCUGUCAACAACCUGAUUCUACUGUGCAACGGGAAGUGAUGACUCAGCUUUUAUAGAGGAGAGCAGGUGUGAAAACGCUGGACACUUAUCACUUUAAUCAGAUGAAGGAUGAAAAAAAGUCAUGCAUCCUGAUAAAAAAAAAAACAAAAAAAAAACAGCAAUGUUUGGGCGAUGACCUUUCACCUUUGUUUCACUGUCACAAGCUUCAAGUAAAUCAGUAAUUCCAUGUUGACAAACACUGUCAACCUUUUUUUUUUUUUUUUUUUUUAAACAUCCAAACAGGAAGUAGAACUUUUAAUACCUUGUUUGACAUGGAUUCAGUUCAGUAAAAACCAAACAGAUUUCAGAGUCCAUGAGACUGACUUUUCAUGUCCGGUCUCAUAGGAGAUCAUAGAAGUAGUCCAGUCCCUGUCCCAACUCCCAUAACGAAAGUCCGGUCCCCAGUUCUCUGGCUAGUGAGAUCCUCAUGUGCAGCGACUGCAAAAUAGAAUUAUAAAAAAAAGAAAAACUGUUUUGUUAUCAUCCUGUGUGACAGUCACUUCUCAUAGUAACAUUUCCAAACGUAGGAGGAGGAAACAUCUGACACGACCCAAUCUGCGACACUUUAUCUUGUUGAUGUUUGGGAGAAUUCAAGGCCGCUCAAGUCCCACUCUGGUGCCGUUCUUUUGUCGUCACCAGUGUGUUCGAGACGUUUCGACUUCACAGAGUUGAAGUUUAACAUUGUCAAACCGGUCCCCAAAGGGCCACAGUGGGUGCAGGUUUUUGUUCCAGCCAGUCACCUGUCAGGUGUAUGUCUCGGCUGACACCUUAUUGGUUAAAAUGUGUGCGCUUGUUUGGUUGGAACAAAGACCCACUGCGGAUCCUUUGUGGAUCAGUGCAAACCUGUUGGUCAGCUACAAGUCAGAACGCUUGAUACUUCCACCUGAACACACUUUAAUCCAAACACUAAAUAGACCAUUGUGUCUCUCACCUUCAGCGAUGGAUAAUAGAUGACGUGUUUGACUCCGUUGCUUCUGAAACAGAGGAGCAAACGCACACCGAUGCGUUAUCUACGACGACAGGACAGGGUUCAGAUUCCAGCUUUACCUCUUGUAAGUGAAGUAGUGUUCAGCUGAAUAUUCGUCCCACAGUAGUUUGGGUCUGUUUUCUUUCAAAAUCUCAAUGUAUCUGAAGUGUUGAAAGAAGACACGGGUGAGCUACAGACGGGUGGAGGAGCUGGGGAUGCGUCUCACCUGCCCCCAAGAACAGGAUCUGCUUUCUGACUGGCAAAGUCCAGACCGUACAGAUUGAGCCCCAGCAGGAUCUUCUGCCUCCAUUCAGAGGUGGGAGCGAGCUGAAGGACACAUUCUCGGAUCCAGGGCAGGGGCGAGCUCGGUCCCGGUCUACUCAACACACCCACACCUCUCGUGAGACGGCGGAUUCCUGAAUGAAUCGAUUCAUUUCUUCCCACCUGGAGCUGCUGGAGUAGUCGUAGGUCAUGAGGCUGAAUCCGUCCACCACCGGGGCCAGCUGCAGGAACUCUUCCUGGCCGAACAUCCCUGGCUGCCUGGUGCUGCAGGAGCAGAGUUGCUCACUCAUUCUCCACUGAGCUGCUGACUACACUGCUGCUCACCUGGUCACAGCUGGGGGAAUCACCAGAAUGCACUCCAGCUUUUGGGCCUUCAACAUCUCACAGAUGUGCUUCACCAGAUGCACCAGCUCCCUGGACAGCAACACCAAAUGGUUAAUACAUCCACCACAGGAGUGAUGAAAAGAACUCACUUCCUCUUGUGUCCUCCCAGCUGACUCCACAUCUCCAAUGUGAACCCAUCAAAUCCUUCGAUCUGCAGGGGGAGAGACAGGUGAAGCCAUGUUGACUCAUUUACUUGUUGGUCAUAUGUUGUGAUAAGGUGUGAAGAUCAAACAACUGGACAUGAAUGUUUCUCUUGACUAUUCCAUUCCAUUAUUUCGGGUGCUGAAGGCCGAGCUAAAUGAACACUAUAUUCAAAAAACACAAUAAAUAUGAAACUGAAAUUGUACUUUUUUU